UUUAAGUAGAAACACGUUUACAUGUAGCGCUUUACCUCCCUCUAAUGGUUGCAGUGGGAAGUUGUUUUUGAGAGCAAAUACCGAAUGGCAGCAAGCAAUGUCGACUCGUGUGCAUGUGUUAAAAGCUGAUGUUUAAACCUUUUAUGUUGUGCCUUGGACAAGAUUUGUCCGUGAGUAUUAUUCGAAUUUUGAAACAAUAUUUUAUUUUGGUUACAUGUGAUGUUUAAUGCAAACCUAUUCACCGUAAAUGUGAUGUAGCUUGUAUGUGUUUAGCUAACGCACAAUUUUACUUGUAUUUUCUCCUAGUUUUACGACGGUCUUAAGAGGGCAAUGGUUUGAGGCCAUUCUACAAAUAAAUCAGCUAAAAGAAACCAAGUCUGAUUAUUUGGAGCGUCGUUAACUCGCUGUCUAGCUGGUGAAAAACUAGAUGCUUCAGACCAACCAGUGUGCUCCCGGGUGGCGCGGGCACCGCACCAGCUGCUACAAGAAGAUGGGAGUCCCCAACGGUUGGCUGGGCGCCUGGCACCACUGCGUCUCUGAGGGCGGCAACCUGGUCUCGAUCACCUCCUCGGCCGAGGAAGACUUUGUGAAGGCGACCAUGGGCGUGGACACCCGCUUCUGGCUGGGACUCUCCAACCAGAAAUGUGACAAGGUCUGGUGUCGCUUUGAAGACGGGAGCCAGAAGCUGGCCUGGUCUGAUGGCGAGACAAUAAAGCACACCAACUGGGCCCCAAAUCAACUCGAAAGCGCCGACGUCGCGUCCUGCGCCCAUGUUGACCAAAAGGCUUGGAAGGAUUCCGGGAAGUGGAGGUCUGGCUCCUGCGCUUCCUCCUUAGCCUACAUGUGCAAACGGCCGCUGGACUGCCCGACGUGUUCCCCCAAAAGUGGUCCUGCUGUGGUGAAGACUUCUGACUGCGACGAUGGCAACAUCCUUUAUGGCUAUCAUUGCUAUUUUCAUGGCCCGAGUCGUGAAACUCAAGAGGAUGCUGAGGAGUUCUGUCUCGCCCGGGGAGCCCACCUGCCUCGCGUCCACUCUAAGCAAGAUGUCCAAUUCCUGUCUGAUCACCUUCAAAAUUAUCAUUUUCUUUGGGUGGGACUCAAGAAGAAGGGAGACAACUACAAGUGGAGUGACGGAACAGCUUUGGUAAGUGAAUUGCUGGAGGCCUUUGAAAAAGUCGGUUUGCAGGCAUCCGUUUUGUCUUGAAGCAUCGGGCAGCCGAUGAGACAUUUUUGGCGCUCUGAUUUUAGAGACAGCGAGGAGGCAGUUAAGAUGUCCAGGAACUAUCCUGGAUGGUGCCUCUGGUUUGUCUUUAGGUCUUCAGGGUUAGUUGCAUUGCGCAUGAGACCUUUGGGUCGCCAGAGAGGGCACAACAUGCUUCAUUUCAUUGCAAUGUUCAUACUACUUUGACUGACAAUAAAGUGAAGCCAACAAACCAAAGUGAAACUUGAAUGAGAGAAGGCACGCCAUUAAGUGAGGAAAUGCGGCAGGAAGACGACCAGAUCAAAUGCAACACGCUUAAAGUUCUAUCCAAAAUCUCGUCCGCGGGACUACGAAGAUCUCGACGACAGAAGCUACUCCGGUGGUGACUGUGCAACAAUAUUUGAUGCACAGAUCUACCUGAACUUACCAUGCCACUGGAAGCAGUCAGUUAUCUGCCAAACAGGUGCUAACGUCGCUCCCGAGCGCUCCUUUUGGACAGGUCCCGCAUUUGCUUA